AUGAUCUCAGAAAUGCUUUUACGCCUACUGGUGAUUACAGCCAUUAUUACUGAUGCAUCAGGUUUGGUUGUCACUCAUUGUGAUGCCUGUCACGACCGUGCUACCUGCACUCCCCUUCUGAAGGCGGGCCAGACAGACUCCCUUCACUCUGUGAACUGUACAUGUAAGGACGGUUUCUCUGGGAAUGGCAUGAACUGUUACAACACUACAUCUUGCAGUGCCCCAACCUCGCCCUGCUGUAGCCACGGUUACCGUUGGGCUACAGGGCAGGGCUGUGUUGAUGUGGAUGAGUGUGCAGCCCCUCAGAGUCCCUGUGUCGCCCCUCUUUUUUGUGUGAACACUCCUGGGUCCUUCAACUGCUUGCUCCCCCCAGUUAACAACAACCCAAGCUCCAAUCCCCGCUCGGUGCAGUUCAGUUGUGGGAACACUGUGUGUAACCUGGGCCAGGACUGCAUCACCAUCAACGGGGUCCCUCGCUGCGCUGACCCGUGCCAACACUACACCGCCUUGGACGAGCCUUGGCGUGCUAUCAACUUCAGGACCAAGGGCACUCCACACUGUGACAUGAAUGUUAACUGGCAAGGCUGGUACCGGCUGUUCCUGGAUGGUGCUAGUGUUCAGAUGCCUGAGAGAUGUGUGUCUCCAUGGAUGUGUGGCACCCAUGCCCCUCUGUGGCUCAAGAGCCCUCAUCCAGUGAGGUCAGACGGCAUUGUUCAAGGCAAUGUGUGUGGCAGCUGGGUGACAGGCUGCUGUAAUUUUGAGUUCCCCAUUCAUGUUAAAGCUUGUUCUGCAAACUACUACGUGUACAAGUUUGUUAAACCACCGCUGUGUUUCCUGGCUUAUGCGGCAGAUGUAAAUACCAAAGUCUGUAGUACCUGCAAAACAGGGGAAUCUUGUGUCAGUGAGGACAAAAUCAACUGGAUGUGUGUGGCAACAGACCCUGUCAGACUGGUUGGAGGUGAUAACAAAUGCUCAGGUAGAGUGGAGCUGUACCAUAGCGGCCGAUGGGGAACAGUGUGUGACGAUGACUGGAACAUCAAGGCAGCAGAAGUGGUGUGUAGACAGAUGGGUUGUGGGAAGGCCGUUGCUGCCAGAGUGAAUGGAUACUUCGGUCCAGGUUCUGGACCCAUCUGGUUGGAUAACACCAGAUGUAUCGGCAACGAAUCCUACAUUACACAGUGCAAACACAACGGGUUUGAGAAGCAUAACUGUGGUCACUAUGAAGAUGCUGGUGUCACAUGUGAAGAGCCACAGACUAUCCCUGUGCCUACCCUUGUGUGUGGGAACAGCCUUAUUGAGGUGGGUCUUCCAAAAGUCCUCAAAGGCUCAAAUCCUUUGAACACCACAUCCGGACACCUGGCCGACCCUCGAUGUGCCGGUUACGUGGAGAACGACGGCACCGUGUGGUAUCAGGUGGACCGCAGAGGAGCCGUCUGUGGAAACGUACUGAGGAUAAACAGCACCCAUGCUGUGUACUCCAACACAUUGUUCAUUUACCCUUCUGGAAACAUCCUUUUCUCUCUUCCCACUGCCUUCCCUUUUUCCUGUGUGUAUCCCCUGGAUUCAGAGAUCAGCAUGGAUAUAGCCAUUAGGCCUUACCUAGCGAUGCAGGAGAUGGGGUUGGUCGGUGUAGGCACUGGGGCUCAGGCUUCCAUGUCUCUGUACCACAGUGACUCUUUUACCCAGGCGUACCCUCCCGGGGCCAUCACGCUGCCUGUGGGUGCUGCUUUGCAUGUGGGUGUGACAGUGAAGGAGGUAGAGGCAGAGCGGUUUGCUGUGAUCCUCGACGACUGUUACGCCACACACAAUGCUAAUCCUGAUGACCCUGAACGUCAUUAUUUAAUUCAGAACAGGUGUCCUAGUGACCGUCGCCAGGUGACGAUAGUUCAAACAGGGGUUUCUCUGGAGGCACGCUUUACUGCGCUUCUCUUCCUGUAUCAGGAAAAGUACGAUGACAUCUUCCUGCACUGCAGCUUCACUCUGUGUGACCGCAGGACAAACUCCUGCUCAGGGACAUGUCUCACAAGAACAUCCCGGUCCAUUAGUGGGAAGCAGGUCCUCACCAUGGGUCCAAUUACCUGUCUCAUUGUGAUAUUCUCAUCGACACGCUUCUAA